CGCCGCGCUGCUUCCAUCUUGACCGUUGGAGGUGAGAUGGCCGUGAAGUGUCUCUGGUUCCUGUGAAGUCGGAGCGGACAGACCAGCGGGACGCCAGGAACCGCUCCGUUUCCCCGCCGGGUCUCUUUCACCCAGUUUCACGGUAAGACCGGAGGAAGCGCUCACCUGCCCGGUCUGCCUGCAGGUUUGACUGACUCAGUUCAGGAGCUGAAGGACGAACAGCUGCAUCGACUCUCCUCUGCUGCUGAGUUCAGACCUGGAGGCCCGGUUCUGGUUGUAGCCCAGUGGUGAGGCAGCCCGGCUGCCGCUCUGCCUCCAGAUGAAUGAAGAGCCCACCGGGUCACAGAGACACAGCUGAUGCAGGCCAUGCAGGUGUUUCUGCAAACAUGAUGAAGAAGAAGAAUCCACACAAAAAGCAUAAGAGCAGCCUGGGCCCGCCCACCAAGGUUCUGUCCCAGCCAAGGCGCAACAUCGUGGGCUGCAGGAUCCAGCACAUCUGGAAGGACGGAGGAGGACAUGUGGUGUGGAAGGGGACGGUUCUGGAUCAGGUGCCGGUGAACCCGUCGCUCUACCUCAUCAAGUACGACGGGUUCGACUGCGUUUACGGCCUGGAGCUGCAUAAGGACGAGCGGGUUCAGGGCCUGGAGGUUCUGCCCGACCGGCUCGCCAAGUCGCGCCUGACGGACGUUAGCCUAGCCGACGCCAUGAUUGGGAAGGCGGUGGAGCACAUGUUCGAGACGGAGGAGGGCCCGAAGGAGGAGUGGAGGGGGAUGGUUCUGGCCCGCGCCCCCAUCAUGACCACCUGGUUCUACAUCACCUAUGAGAAGGACCCGGUUCUGUACAUGUACCAGCUGCUGGACGACUACAAGGAGGGCGACCUGCGCAUCAUGCCCGACUCCAACGACAGCGUCCCGGCGGAGCGGGAGCCCGGCGAGGUGGUGGACAGCCUGGUGGGCAAGCAGGUGGAGUACGCCAAAGAGGACGGCGGCAAACGAACAGGCAUGGUCAUCCACCAGGUGGAGGCCAAGCCGUCCGUCUACUUCAUCAAGUUCGACGACGACUUCCUCAUUUACGUCUACGACCUGGUCAAGACUUCGUAAAGACUCUGCGGACGGCGCCACCCCGACGUGACGGAAAGUAAAAAAGAAAGCAGCUCAUGCCGACGCGUCUGAAGCAUUUAACCCAGCACACGUUAAUCCGACCAUCCAAGACAAAAACACUGAGAUUAAGGGAUGAAGUCGAGGGCAUCUCAAAACCCUGUGGAGUAAAUUAUCAUUUCAUUUUACGUUCGACUUUAAUUGGUUUGAGGCCGUUAAACCUUCCAGGAUGAAGAAACAGGUUCCGGUUACUUUUUUACAGAAAGAACCACGAAGGCUUUUUGUUGAAACAAAACAGAGCCACGUUCUUGACCAUCGUAGCCGAUUCCUCUUGGAAAAAAAGAAGUGAAACCUGAAUGUUGUUGAUUUCCAGUGGAAAAAAGUUCUCUGAUCAAAUAAAGACGAGAAGAAGAAGAAGACUGGAGUUCUGGGAAUGAAGGAGCUGCACUGUUUGGACUCUUUAACUCAGUGUUUAUGAUCCUUUUUAAUCAAGACGCAGAUAUGGAGGCCCAUUUCUGCCAAAAAUAAAACCGACAAAUGAUUAGAAAUUUUUAAAAUCCUACCAUGGAUCAGUAUUAUCACCUAGAAAAAUUAGUUUAAAGUCGUUUAAAAAUAUGUAAGAAAAUAUUUUACCUGUUUUUUUUUUUCACAGUUUAAAAAUGAGAAAUUAAUCAGUUAACACAAAUUAACAAGCCCUCACCCCAACGUUGUUUUUUAAGAAUAGAAAACUUAAUGUUUGGCCUAUAUCUCAAAUUUUAGCUUAUUGAGUGCAUUUUUUGAGAUUCCUUUUUCACCGCAUAACAAAUGACAUCCAGAGCAGAAUUUUUUGUAAAAAAA